CACCAUUCAUCUCGUUUAGUUUAUGGUCAUUCUCGUCAAAGUAAUUUGAAUACCAGGUACUUCCGAAAAAAGAAAGAAGAAGUUUCUAUCCCGGCAUGUGGAGAAGAGUUUGUCAUAAAGUCAAUAGGAAAGAAAUGGAGAGACUACAAAUGUGAUUUAAAAAGUGUUUAUAUGACAAAAUUUAAGACCAAAGAUGUGUUGUUGAAGAAUAAACCGAAUCGUAUACCAAGGGAUCAGUGGACUGGUCUGGUCUCUUAUUGGGUUUCAGAAAAAGCUAAGCGACGCAGCCAAACAAACAGAAACAAUAGGGCCAAGCAAAAGAUGCCACACACAGGUGGAUCGAAAAGUAUUGCUACCUUGAUGGAUGAGAAGGACAUGAUCAAUGAAAAGUUGAGUAAUAGUGAGGUAUCGAACGAGCAACCUCAUCGCUUUGUUGCUUGGGAAGGAGAUGUGUAUUCACAAGUGUUGGGAAAUGAAAAAACUAGUUAUGUUCGUGGCUUAGGACUUGCUCCAACUCCUUCUGUACUAUGGGGUAGUAGAUCUUCUUUUGGAAAUACUGUUGAAGAGGAUUCGUCUAAUGAGGUUGUAAAAAGGUUAGAACAAGAGGUAACAAAGUUAAAGGACAUAAAUGGAAAACAAAAUGAAGAAAUGAGUUUGGUGAAACAAUAUCAAGAGAAGUUGCUAUCUGAAUUAGCAUGGGUGAGAAAAGCCUUGAGCAGAAAUGGUCCUAAUGAGUUACCUAUACAUCAUAAUAUCAAUGGAAUUUCAGAUGACCAGGUAAGUCAAUUUUAAACGGCCAUGAGCGACUACAACAAUCACCACAGAUGCUGUUUAGAGGAGAUAAUGUUGCUGAAAAAUUUCCAUCUUCUCACGGUCAUACAGUAUGAUGUUCGAAUAGCACGUGGAAGAUUCAAUAUUAUGCAGCGUUGCGAAACUGUUGGACUGUGCAUUUAGAAAUUUGUUACUGCAAGUAUUGGAUAGGAAUAGUUACAAGGACAUUAACUAUUUAGUUUAGACACAUAAUAUUAUUUUUUAAUUCGUUGAUUACAUUAGUAUUAUGAAUUAGUACUUGCUUUGAUUUAUCUUGAGUUAGUGAAAUAUAUUAUAUUUUUAUAAA